AAAACGCCGCCAACAACGCAUCACUUCAAAGCCAAUUCCCGCCCAUUCCACAACUCUUACAAUACAAAAACCACUCUCUCACUCACUCUCCUUCUCCACAUUCUCUUCUUCCAUUCUUCAAAUUUUCCCUAACACUAUAUUCUUCCAAAUUCCAAUGGCGGCGAAAUCAGUAACCCCAGAAGCCAUCUCAACGCUUCUCGCUAACCCUUCCCCUGAUUCUUCAUCGGAUCUUCCCUACAUCGUCGUCCAAGUUCUCGAUCUCAAGCAGAGCGGCAACAGAUACAUGUUCACUGCUAGUGAUGGAAAAAUGAAGCUGAGGGCGAUUCUUCCUUCAAAUCAUUACUCCGAGGUGCUGUCGGGGAAUAUUCAGAACCUUGGUCUUAUUCGCAUUAUUGAUUACACUCUCAAUGAUAUUCCCAAUAAGUCUGAGAAAUAUCUCAUUGUUUCGAAAUGUGAACCGGUUUCUCCCGCGCUUCAAAUGGAGAUAAAGAGUGAGGAAUCUGAACUUCUUUUGAAGCCUAAGGAAGAGAGUGGAGUCAAGAGUGAAGGUUCUGUUGGGAUUCUUUUGAAACCGAAGCAGGAAGUGGUGGCAAAAUCUGCUGCUCAGAUUGUGCAUGAACAGCAUGGAAAUUCGGCUCCUGCUGCACGAAUGGCCAUGACGCGUAGGGUACGUCCUCUUGUUUCGUUGAAUCCUUAUCAGGGUAAUUGGACAAUAAAGGUUAGUGUUACGAGCAAAGGGAACAUGCGUACAUAUAGGAAUGCCAGAGGGGAAGGUUGUGUCUUCAAUGUGGAAUUGACGGAUGAAGAUGGUACUCAGAUUCAAGCAACAAUGUUUAAUGAUGCUGCGAGGAAAUUUUUUGACAAAUUUGUUCUGGGAAAAGUUUAUUAUAUUUCAAAGGGAACUUUAAAAGUAGCUAACAAGCAGUUCAAGACUGUGCAAAAUGAUUAUGAAAUGACCCUGAAUGAGAAUUCUGAGGUGGAAGAGGUGGAUGGUGAGGCAAGUUUUGUUCCAGAAACAAAAUUCAAAUUCGUCCCGAUUGAUCAGCUGGGUCCUCAUGUCAAUAAGACUGACCUCGUUGAUGUAGUUGGAGUUGUUAAGAAUGUAUCUUCAACAAUGAGCAUUCGAAGGAAGAGUGACAAUGAGGGUAUUCCAAAGCGUGACAUCACUAUUGCUGAUGAAACGAAGAAGACAGUAGUUGUUUCCUUGUGGAAUGAACUAGCUACUAACAUAGGACAAGAGUUACUGGAUAUUGCUGAUAAGUCUCCUGUUGUUGCAAUCAAAUCUCUCAAGGUUGGGGACUUCCAAGGCGUUUCUUUGUCAACCAUAAGCAAAAGUGCGGUUCUGAUAAAUCCAGACAUACCUGAAGCAAAGAAACUCAGAAGCUGGUAUGAUUUUGAAGGAAAGGAUGCUUCCAUGGACUCUGUAGGCUCUGGUUCAAGUCCAAUAUCUAACAAUGGAAUUAGAUCAGUGUACUCUGAUCGUGUGUCUCUCUCUCACAUAAUCUCAACCCCAAUGUUGGGGGAUGGCAAGCCUGCGUUUUUCAGCAUUAGAGGAUAUAUAAACUUCAUCAAGGCUGAUCAGGCAAUGUGGUAUCGUGCCUGUAAGACAUGCAAUAAAAAAGUUACUGAAAGCAUUGGUUCUGGAUACUGGUGCGAAGGUUGUCAGAAAAACGAUGAACAGUGCAGUUUAAGGUAUAUUAUGGUUGCCAAAGUUGCUGAUGCAACUGGUGAGGCUUUUAUCUCCGUCUUUAAUGAGGAAGCUGAGAAGAUCGUUGGAUGCUCUGCUGAUGAUCUAGAUAACUUACGAUCACAAGAAGGAGAAGAUAAUCCAUAUCAGCUGAAAUUGAAGCAAGCUACAUGGGUUCCGCAUCUUUUCCGGGUCAGUGUUACUCAAAAUGAGUAUAAUAACGAGAAGAGGCAACGGAUAACAGCCCGGGCAGUUGUUCCUGUUGACUUCGCUGCUGAGUCAAGAGUUCUCCUGGAAGAAAUAUCAAAGAUGAGAGCUUCUCAGUAG